AACAGCCGCAUGAGUAUAUAAUAUUGUAGACCCAAAAAGCAGACCAGAGCCGAGGAGCAGGGUUGUUUGAUCGAAAGAGAGAAGGAAAUGGCUAUGGCAAGCUUUGCGAGACGGAAGGCGUAUCUGCUCUCGAGGAACCUCUCGAACUCAAGCCCGGAAGUGUUCAGAUACUCCCACUCGCUCACCGCCUUCUCCCGGGGGUUCGCGUCCUCGGGAUCCGAUGAGAACGACGUCGUCGUCAUCGGCGGUGGGCCCGGCGGCUAUGUGGCCGCCAUCAAGGCCGCCCAGCUGGGCCUCAAGACCACCUGUAUCGAGAAGCGUGGGGCCCUCGGCGGCACCUGCCUCAACGUCGGCUGCAUCCCCUCCAAGGCACUUCUGCAUUCCUCCCACAUGUAUCAUGAAGCUAAGCAUGCAUUUGCCAACCAUGGAGUGAAGUUUUCUUCUGUUGAGAUUGAUUUACCUGCUAUGAUGGGCCAAAAGGAUAAAGCCGUCUCUAAUCUUACUCGAGGUAUUGAAGGCCUAUUCAAGAAGAACAAGGUGACCUAUGUCAAAGGCUAUGGCAAGCUCAUUUCCCCCUCUGAAGUCUCUGUGGACACCGUUGACGGUGAUAACACCAUUGUUAAGGGCAAGAAUAUCAUAAUUGCCACUGGUUCUGAUGUCAAAUCCUUACCUGGGAUUACAAUUGAUGAGAAGAGAAUUGUAUCAUCGACAGGAGCUUUAGCUUUGUCCGAAAUCCCAAAGAAACUGGUGGUCAUUGGAGCAGGCUACAUUGGCCUAGAGAUGGGCUCAGUCUGGCUCCGCCUUGGCUCUGAGGUAGCUGUUGUAGAGUUUGCCCCAGAUAUUGUCCCAAGCAUGGAUGGGGAAAUCCGUAAGCAAUUUCAGCGUUCUCUUGAGAAGCAAGGAAUGAAAUUCAUGCUCAAGACUAAGGUGGUAGGAGUUGACACUUCUGGAGAUGGUGUGAAGCUGACCCUUGAACCAGCAGCUGGUGGUGACAUGACCACACUUGAAGCUGAUGUUGUUCUUGUCUCAGCCGGCAGAUCUCCAUACACUGCUGGACUUGGGCUGGAGAAACUAGGAGUGGAAACAGAUAAGAUUGGACGGAUUUUAGUCAAUGAAAGAUUUGAAUCAAAUGUGCCAGGAGUUUUUGCAAUUGGCGACGUAAUUCCAGGGCCAAUGUUAGCCCACAAGGCAGAAGAAGAUGGGGUUGCUUGUGUAGAGUUUAUAGCCGGUAAGACAGGCCAUGUGGACUAUGACAAGGUCCCUGGGGUCGUCUACACAUCUCCUGAGGUUGCAUCUGUUGGAAAGACUGAGGAGCAGGUGAAGACACUUGGUGUUGAAUACCGUGUUGGAAAGUUCCCUUUCAUGGCAAAUAGCAGGGCCAAGGCCAUUGAUACUGCGGAAGGGUUGGUCAAGAUAAUUGCUGAGAAGGAGACAGACAAGAUAUUGGGAGUCCAUAUUAUGGCAUCCAAUGCUGGAGAGCUCAUUCAUGAGGCAGCAAUAGCCUUGCAGUACGAUGCAGCGAGUGAGGAUAUAGCACGUGUUUGCCAUGCACAUCCAACAAUGAGUGAGGCACUGAAGGAAGCUGCCAUGGCCACUUAUGACAAGCCCAUUCACAUCUAGAAAGUUGAUUAUUAUUACUUUCAUUUCAUUUUUGUUUUAAAGAGUUUUGGAAUAACUUGUGAAAGCUUUCCAUUUUCUUGUUCAUCCACUCAUGGAAGCAGAUCAAAUCUCUGAAAAUAGAAAUGUGAUGUUAUCCUUUCGCUUGGGCUACAUUGACAAAAUAACUUUGUGCUUUUCUCAUUUGUGUUUUAAUAACAACAUAAGAGGGUUAUGUUGAGCUAAUGGCUCAUUACAGUCUA